ACCAUAUGGGAUAUUGCUAAAGCAGAAGUCGAGAAAAGAGAAAGCCAUGAAGGGAAAGACUACUAUUAUACUGAGGUGCCUUGACAGGGAUGAAAUUCCAAAACCAACACUAGCUUUGGAGUACACUUUUGGAAGGCGAGCAAAAGGACACAACACACCUAAAGACAUUGCUAAUUUUUGGGAACUAGGUGGUGGAACUUCUCUGUUGGACCUGAUUCCUGUACCAAUAACUACAACUAACAUAAGGACACUUUCAAUAGUUCUUGUUUUGGAUCUUUCAAAACCAAAUGAACUUUGGCCAGCCAUGGAGAGCCUUCUGCAAGUUACUAGGAAGCAUGUUGACAGAAUUAUAACAAAACUGGGGCAAACGAAUCCUAAAGCAGCAACAGAAAUUAAACAGAAAAUGUGGAACAAUUUACCAAAGGAUCAUCCAGAUCGUGAACUGAUUGACCCAUUUCCAAUUCCACUGAUUAUAAUUGGAAGCAAAUAUGAUCUGUUUCAUGAAUUUGACUCUGAGAUGAAAAAAAUAAUAUAUAAGACACUUCGAUUUGUUUCUCACUAUUAUGGAGCAUCUUUAGUGUUCACCAGCAAAUCUGAAGCUCUGCUGUUGAAAACACGCACACUCAUUAACCAUUUAGCAUUUGGCUUUGAUAGAGGCAAAUCCAUGUCAGUGGAUCAGAAUAAGCCACUGUUUAUUCCAGCAGGAAUGGACUCUCUCAGUCAAAUAGGGCCCCCUCCUGCUGCUGAGAGUGAUAUAGGAAAACUGAAUGCCCAGACUCCAAUGGAUCUAUGGAACAAAGUAUUUGAGAAGGCAUUUCCACCAAAAAAUAUUGGUGUUUUCAAAGAAGUCAAGGACCCAGCUCAGGAUCCUCAGUAUGCUGAAUAUGAAGUUGAUGUUAUGCGAGGUCAAAAGAACCAGAGAUCUUUGUCAAAUAGCCCUUUCUGUGAAGAAUUAUUCACCUGCAUUUAUAUUUCACCUGACUUCCAGUACAUGUUCACUGCAUGCACAGCUUUCCUCCUGCCCCCUGUGUCACAACAUUUCUGUGAGCCGGCUCAAGCUAAGAGGGUGUGAAAGGCAAGAUACAGCUGCACUAUAAAAGGCAGGCUAUAGAUUAAUCCAAUAAUGAAAUUCAGCUCACAGUGUUCCUGAACUGGACUAUGCAGAUUAAUAUACAGUGGUGC